AUGAGUUUUAGAAAGUUUAAAAAUGUAAUUGAAGAAGGAGACACGGUUAUUUUGUAUAUAAAUAUUAAUUCAAUGUAUGCAAUAGAAGUUGAAUCAUUUAAAAAAAAUAAAAACAAUGAAUUAGUCGAUAACGUUUUUCAAACAACUUAUGGAGCAUUAAAAGUUACAUCAUUAAUCGGUCAAAAAUUUGGUACAAAAGUACAACUAUCUAGAGGAUGGGCUUAUGUUCUUCAUCCGACUCCAGAAUUAUGGACUCUUACACUUCCUCACCGAACUCAAAUAAUUUAUUCUUUAGACAUUAGUGUUAUUAUUCAUCAAUUAGAAUUAAAUCCUGGAAAAGUUGUUAUCGAAUCGGGAACAGGUAGUGGUUCUUUAUCUCAUGCAUUGGUUAGAACCAUACAACCUAAUGGAUUUCUUUACACUUUUGAUUUUCAUAGCAGUCGAGUUGCAACUGCAGAAGAAGAAUUUAAAAAACAUGGUAUAGAUUAUAUUGUUAAAAUUCAACAAAGGGAUGUUUGCCUCGAUGGUUUCGGUGAUGAAUUGAAAGGAAAAGUUGAUGCUGUCAUUUUAGAUUUGCCACAUCCGUGGGAAGCUCUCACACAUGUUCCAGCAGUAUAUAAAGAAAGUGGUGGAAGGUUUUGUUCAUUUUCUCCGUGCAUAGAACAAGUUCAAAAAACAUGCGAAACAUUAAGAAAUCUUCAAUUCGUGGAAAUACAAACGAUGGAAUGUUUGCUCAAAGAAUAUCAAGUACAAACGAGAACGUUUCCGGUUUUAGAUUUGGAGGGAAAAAGUGCUUCCGAUUGCGGUGGUGGUGGUGGUGGCGGUGGGGGUAAAAAUGAAAAAGCUAAAAAAUUAGAAGGGAUUAAAUCAACGGUUGGGAUACCACCGAUAACAACUCCGGGACACACCGGAUAUUUAACAUUUGCUUCAUAUCCACCGAUUUGGGCGAGAAAAGUCGAAGAAUCCGAAAGCGAAUGCCAGUAA